AUGGCGCAAUCUAAUAAGGCGGUGACCCCGCUUAUCAUCAAUAAUGAGUCCAUUGAGACCGAUAUCAAAUUCGAGGUUCAUGCCCCGGCUACCGGCGAGCUGAGUGGCUAUUGCUACGGCGUGUCGGUCGACAAUGCCAACCGCGCAGUCGACAGUGCCCAAGCCGCCUUUCUCUCGUGGAGAAAGACCAAGCCAGCCGAGCGCCGCGACAUCCUGUUGAAAGCCGCUGACAUCAUGGUCUCACGCAAAGAGGAACUGAUCCAGUACCAGCGCGAGGAGACCGGUGCCGGCCGGCCUUUCAUAGAGAUCACUUUCAAUAUGGGUUUGAACUUCAUCAAGGAUUUCGCGGGCCGGAUAUCCACGAUCGAGGGUAUCGUACCGAAUGUCGCCGGGAAGGACAUGGGAGUCAUCGUAUACAAGGAGCCGUACGGAGUGAUUCUGUCAAUUGCGCCAUGGAAUGGUCCUUACAUCCUGGGUAUGCGCGCCAUUGCACUCCCUCUUGCGGCUGGAAACACCGUCGUUCUCAAGGGCUCGGAGCUCUCACCCAAGUGUUUCUGGGUUCUGGGCGACAUCUUCCGCCAGGCCGGUCUUCCCGCCGGAUGUCUGAAUGUCAUCUUUCACCAGCCCUCCGACGCCCCGGCCGUCACCAACGCGCUCAUCGCCCACCAGGCUGUGCGCAAGGUGAACUUCACCGGUAGCACAGGAGUCGGCUCGAUUAUCGCUUCUCUCGCGGGCAAACACAUUAAGCCUGUGCUUCUCGAGCUCGGCGGUAAGGCGUCCGCGAUUGUUUUGGACGAUGCGAACUUGGAUAGGGCUGCCAUGAACUGUGCCAUUGGAUCCUUCAUGCACGGCGGUCAGGUCUGCAUGGCGACCGAGCGGAUUGUCGUGCAGCGCUCGAUCGCAGAUGCGUUCCGACAGAAACUUACCGAGACGACUGAGAAGUUGUUCGGCAAGGACGCGCCCGCGCUAGUUCUCGUCAACGCCGCGGCCGUCGCCAAGAACAAGAAGCUUGUGGCGGACGCCGUGUCUCAGGGAGCUAAGCUGCUGUAUGGCGACCUUAAUACAAGCGAAUCCACCAACGCAGGUAUGCGGCCGAUCGUCGUCGACGGUGUCACCAAGGAGAUGGACUUGUACGCGACCGAGUCGUUCGGUCCGACCGUGUCGUUCAUGGUGGUGGACACCGAGGACGAAGCGAUUGCACUGGCCAAUGACACCGAAUACGGUCUGACUGCGGCUCUGUACACCAACAACCUGUUCCGCGGAUUACGGGUGGCUAAGCAAAUUGACUCUGGAGCCGUUCAUAUCAAUUCUAUGACUGUCCACGACGAGGCUGUCCUUCCCCACGGAGGAUGGAAGAGCAGCGGCUUUGGUCGCUUCGGAGGAAUUGCUGGAUUCGACGAAUUCCUCCAGACUAAGACUGUCACUUGGGAAGAGUAG